GCUGAUAAAAAUUGCCUAUAAAUAGGGAAAAUGUAUUUUACAAGAAAUAUUAGUUUUCUUUCGAUCCUGCUAAUAUUUACAUUAGUAACGAGGGAAAAACAACAAGAACAAUGACUAAAUUUUGUUGUGUGGUGCUGAUUUGCUGUUUGGCAAUGGUCUCCGCUGAACUUCCCGAUUGGUAUCCUCAGGAUGAACCAGCAAUCGAAGCCAAAUGCCGUGAUGAAAACUCCAUUAGUUCGGACACCAUGACAAAAAUAUGGUCCCAUCAAAUUGACGAUACUCCAGAAAUACGCAAAUUUUUACUAUGCCUAGCCGAAAAUAAGAAUGUUUUUAAUUCCGAUAUGGGCUUUAAAGCCGAUCGUUUACAGAUUAUCAUGAAAGAAAGAGCCAAGAUGGAUUGUAAGCUGGAAUUUAUUGAAGAAUGUGAAAUGGGAGCCAAAGACAUGAAACCCGACGAUGCCAUGAUAUUUAACAUCAUGAAAUGUAUUGUUGGUGGCAUAAAAGAAAAUUGUAAGAAAAUUGAAUAAUGUCCAAGAAAAUGGUAAUACAAAUAAAAUUUAAUGUGGUAUUCAUAUGAAA